AUGCUGCAGGUAUCAAGGAAAAUAGACCUGGUUUAUGGGGGAGGGAGCAUUGGUUUGAUGGGUUUGGUCUCUCAAGCUGUUUACAAUGGUGGUCGCCAUGUCAUCGGAGUUAUCCCCAAGACACUCAUGCCUAGAGAGAUAACUGGAGAAACAGUGGGAGAAGUAAAGGCCGUUGCAGGUAUGCACCAGAGAAAGGCAGAGAUGGCCAGACAUUCAGAUGCCUUUAUUGCCUUACCUGGUGGUUAUGGGACUCUUGAAGAGCUUCUUGAAGUGAUAGCUUGGGCUCAACUUGGCAUCCAUGAUAAACCGGUGGGAUUACUGAAUGUGGACGGGUACUACAACUCAUUGUUGUCAUUUAUAGACAAAGCAGUGGAGGAAGGUUUCGUAAGUCCGAGUGCACGCCAUAUCAUUGUAUCAGCCCCUACCGCGAGGGAUUUAGUCAAGAAAUUGGAGUUGCGAAACCCAACAAAACUUUGUGCACUUGUGCUUAAAGACUGGGUUCAAAGUUAA